CCUGUCAGGACAGUCACCGCUCACGAGCGCACUCUUUAAACCCAAGAGCUUACGCACGGUGGAUGCUUUUAUUUGUCUCGAGCGAAUAAUGCUAGCUCAUUUUUCACCUCUUCUAUGAAAGAGCCACCAUAAAGGUUUUUAUAUCUGUCCCAAAUUAAUAUCAUCUCUCGCUCCAUUUGCGUGAUGGCAAAGUGCGUCGAAGUUGCGAGAAGGCUGAAGAGAGUCGACCUACAUUAUGGUCGCAAUUAUCUUUAUAGACCCAGGGGAGAAGGCGCCGCAGACAGAAGGAAUUAGUGAAGGAGUAAAACGAUUAAAACGCUCGACCCCUGUCUCCAGACAGGUUCGCUUAUUACCGCGAUAGAGGACACGAAGAACAGAGGAGGCUUUCUGAGGAGAGAAAUGCAGAUAACGACUGGGAAAAUUAGGACAGUUUUUCGUUGCAUCAUUGGCAGGAGGCAAGAUGUUUGUGGAGUUUUGUCAGCAGAAGUGGGUCUCAGCACUCCUGGUACUCUACUGUUUGCACUUAUCAGCAUCUGAUUUCCUAUGGCCAUGUCCUCAAAAGUGUAUUUGUAGACAGGACACACUAGAGGUCAACUGCUCUUCAAAGCACUUAACAGUUGUUCCAGAAGGAUUGCACAUCAGUGCCAAGCGGCUGAACCUUUCUGGCAACCGCUUGAAGACAUUGAGUCGGAGACAGUUCUAUGGAUUAUCCCAACUAGAGGAGCUGGACCUUAGUGAGAACAUUAUAUCUAUGAUUGAAGUGGAAGCAUUUCAGGGUCUGAAAAACCUACGAAUUCUAAAAAUGAAAAACAACCGGCUUAAGAUCAUCCCAGUUGGUGUCUUUUCCGGUUUGCCGAACAUUCUCAGCCUGGACAUUAGCAAGAAUGAGAUACUUGUGUUUCUAGACUACACAUUUCAGGAGUUGGUGAACCUACGGGAAAUGAAUGCAGGAGAAAAUGACCUGGUCUUUAUCUCACAGAAGGCCUUUGUUGGUCUGCAGAACUUACAGGAGCUGAAUGUGGACCGCAGUAACCUUACGUCCAUCCCAAGUGAAGCAUUUUCACAGCUCCAAAGCCUGACCAAAUUGCGCCUACGUAAACUUAACAUUAAUGUAUUGCCCAAUAAUGCCUUUCGUCGGCUGCCCCAGCUGCGUACACUGCAGAUACUUCAGUGGCCCUCACUAGAGACUUUAAACAGCAACAGCCUUAUGAGUCUAAACCUCAGCACCUUGGUUAUCAGUAACUGCAAUCUGAGUGCCAUACCAUAUGCCUCACUGCGCCAUUUAACACACCUGAUCUACCUAGAUCUGUCCUAUAACCCUAUUACAUCUAUAGAAGGCAAUAUGCUAGGGGAAUUGCUCAGACUUCAGGAAUUCCACUUGGUAGGUGGAAAACUGCUCCGCAUUGAGCCAGGUGCCUUUAGGUGUCUGGUUCACUUUCGGCUGCUCAAUGUAUCCGCAAACCGACUUACAACCCUAGAAGAGAGUGCCUUCCACGCAGUCGGGAACCUACAGACCUUGCGACUAGACAGGAACCCAUUAACUUGUGACUGUCGGUUACUAUGGGUGGUGCGACGCCGUUUGAGGAUAAACUUUGAUGGUCGCCAGCCUACAUGUUCUGCACCUGAACGUGGUCGCAAGCGGGAGUUUCGUGACUUUUCUGAGGCAGAGCUCACAAAAGUGUUCAUCUGCAGUCAGGCAUGUAUCCUGGAACGUAAGCUGCAAGAAGCAAAGGUGGAGGAGGGAACAAAUGUGCAGUUUGAAUGCAAAGCAGAUGGGUAUCCCCCACCCUCUAUAACUUGGUUAUCACCCCAGCAGAUUCCAGUGAGCUCUAUGGGGAGAAUACGAGUACAUGCAAAUGGAACUCUGGAAGUGCGUUAUGCCCAAGUGCAGGACACUGGAACUUACCUAUGUAUUGCAGCUAAUGCUGCAGGGAAUGAUAGUAUCACUGCCAAUCUACAUGUGAGGAACUCCCCUCGAAAGUAUACAACUCCCAGUUUCUUUGAUGAGAGUUGGUUUGAAACCUCAUUGCCUCCUUCCACCAACUCUUCAGCACAAGUGUCAAGCCCUUACCCCUUUGAUGCAAAGACCCUUGUCAUUGCUACUACUAUGGGGUUCCUUUCUUUUCUAAGCUCUGUGGUCAUCUGUUUUGUGUUCAUGUUCCUCUGGAGCCAAAGUAAGGGCCAGAUUAAGCACACAGCCACCAUUGACUUUGUGCCACGUACAUCUAUGGGAGGAGGUGGAGAUGGUGCAGACACAGGGAGGUUUACAAUGAAGCUUAUAUGAAGUUAUCUAAGGACAGAGUUUGAGGGUAGCUAAUGUAUGAUAAAAUAACCAGAAUUGUGGAUUCUGUGAACUGUACUGAAAUACUGGGGGAUAGUUUGGUUAUAUCGCAUAAGUUUAUACUGGACAAUUGCCUUCAAUUCAGUAUUGCCAAUAGCUGACAUUCUAUGGGGUCGGUACAACUUGCAAAAAUUUAUUGCUGAAACAUUAAAGGACUUAAUUAUCUUGAAAAAAUAUAAAAAGUAAAAGUUGUGUUACCAUUUAAAAAUUAUAUCAAAUAAUUUGAGAAAUUUACUCCAAAACAAGCAUCUAGAGAUAAGUGUAUUUUGAUCAGGUAAUAUGUCAAUUUUAAAAAGUAUAGUGUUGUAUACAAAUUAUUUACUGGCUCAUAUUUGCAUUCUGUUUUUUAAUUAUUAUUAAAUUAAAUUAGAUCAGUAUAAACUUCAGUUAAAUGGUCAGCUGUGGUAUUUUCCUGGGCUGAAAAAGUAAUAGUUAUCUAGUAGUAGUAGUAGUACUUAUUAAUUCUGUAAAAGCAUGCAUUUUUGAACUUGGUAAUUUUUUUGUUAAAAAUAUUUAGAUGUGUCUUGCCAAUAUAUAAAUAUCAUAAUAAAAAGAGUAUGAUGUUAUCAGGUUACAUAAGAUGCUUUGCAAUAAAAUGUAUGUAAUGUUCAUACUGCAUACUUCUGCUACACAUUCAACUGAUUUGCAAAAUACAGAUUUUUUUUCAUUAAAACUAUUUAGGGUCUAUGCAGAUCUGUCUAUUGGGUAUUGAUCAUUGUUUUGCAUGAAAUUUUUGUUGACAACCUUUUUUAAUAUAAAAUUCUGAUUUUUUAAUGUUUGAUUUUAUUUUUUAUUUUAGUUUAAAGUAUUGCAUUUUAGAUAUCUAACUAUGGUCCUGCACCUGUAAAUAUCUAAAUGGAAAUAUUUUCUUUCACGUCUUAAUUCUAAUACUAAGGGAACAACAGUACUGUCAUGUGAAAGAAAUCUAAUAUGAUUUUAUAUAUAUAAAAAAUAUUGUUAUGCUUCUGUAUAUGAAUAACCCUCCACCAAGAUAACCCAAGGACAGAAUUUCUAUCCUGAUGGAAUUUGUCUCUUAAAUGAUGACAGUGCACGGUAAAAGGGCUCACUGAAUAUCCUUUGUAAUCAACAUUUAUCAACCCAGUUGAACAUAAACAGUGGAUAUAAAAAGUCUAUACACCCCUUUUAAGUUGCAGGUUAUAUGAUGUUAAAAAAUUAAACCAAGAUAAAUCAUGUUAGCACUUUUUCCAAAAUUCAAGUGAAAAACAAAUAGAAAAUUAUAAUAACCUGGUUGCACAAAUCCUUAAUUUGUACUUUUUGAAAGCACCUUUUGCUUGUAAUACAGCACUCUGUAGCACAUCUUGAUUUGGCAUUUUUAUUCAACUCUUAGUUGCAACAAUGCUCCAGAUCUAUCACAUUACAAGGAGAUCUCCUGUGCACAGUCCUCUUCAAGGCAUUCCACAUAUUUUCAGUAGUAUUUAGUUCUGGGAUCUGCCUGGGCUAUUCCAAAACAUCUUCUUCAUCUGAAGUAGGGAUGUCACGAUACCAAAAAUCUAGUAGUCGGUACUGAUACCACCAAAAGUACACGAUACUCGAUACCAAAGUCGAUACCUCGGUGUGGUAUAAAAAUAAAAAUUUAAAAAUAAAUUUUAAAAAACGAUAGCAGUGGUUGCACACCGGAAACUGAUACUAGCUUUCCUCUCUUUUCCUCUCAACAAGUCGGGGUGGAACUAAACUUGUUUAGCUAAGCUAAUCUUCUGUAGUUUUUCCUGUGUCCUUGUAGGCAUUCGUCUUCUUCUUCACCACUUGUGGACCGACUGAAACACUUGCGCGUAUUUGCUGCCCCCAUCAGGUCCGGAAGAAUCGCAACCUCGGUACUUUCGUUACAAAUGCUACUGCAUAAAAACAAGUUCCGUCACGUUUUAAGAAUGUUGGUACCGACUUGGCACUGAAGUAUCAGUUCUCGUGACAUCCCUAGUCUGAAGCUAUUCCGUUGUUGAUCUUUGUUUGAGCUUUGGGUCAUGGUUGUGCUGGAAUGUGAAAUUUUUUUCCAUCUUAAGUAGGCUAACAGAGGCCUGCUGGUUUUGUGCCAAAAUAGAUUGGUAUUUGGAGCUAUCCAUGAUUACCACACUUAAUUUUAUUCUUAUCCUUUUGUCUAUUUUAGAGGGACAUCCUAUUUUUGGUAAUGUUACUGUGGUACCUCAUUUUCUCCAGUUGUUGAUGAUGGUCUUCACUGAGUUCCAUGGUACAUCUAAUGAUUUGAAUUUCUGUUGAACCUCUCUGCUGAGUGAUACCUUUAAACAAUGAGAUCAAAAAGAUCAUCUUCAUUUGGGAUUAAUCAGAAACACUUCAUUAAUUAUAGGUGUAUGAUAAUUACUUUUGAGCAUGAGUUUUUAUGGGAGUGGCUAAUUCUGAACAUAGUCACAUACCUUAUUACAAAAUGGUGUGCACACUUGUGCAACCAAG